AUGCCGCCCCGCCGCGCCCUGGCGCCCCAAGCGCAGCUGCUGCCCGCGCCGGCCCUGCCGCUCCUGCUGCUCCUGCUGCUCGGCGCGGGGCCCCGCGGCCACUGCCUGGCCAGCCCGGUGCCCGCCGUGCCCCUGCCCGUGCCGGGGCCGUGCGCCGCGCAGCCCUGCCGGAACGGGGGCGUCUGCACCCCGCGCCCCGCGCCCGGCCCCCAGUCCCCGGCUCCCGCCGGCGAGGGCGGCUACACCUGCACCUGUCCCGCCGGGGUCUCCGGAACCCACUGCCAGAUUGUGGCAGAUCCCUGUACCAGCAACCCUUGUCACCAUGGCAACUGCAGCAGCAGCAGCGGUGGCUACCUCUGCAUUUGCACGGAAGGCUAUGAAGGUCCACACUGUGAGCAGGCACCUCCCAGCCUCCAGGCCUCCGGCUGGACUGAGUCCAUGGCACCUAGACAGCUGGAGCCAGUCGCGGCUACCCAGGAGCCUGAUGCCAUCCUGCCCCGCUCUCAGGCAACCGUGACCCUGCCCACAUGGCAACCGAAAACAGGGCAGAAAGUUGUAGAAAUGAAAUGGGAUCAAGUGGAGGUGAUCCCCGAUAUUGCCUGUGGGAAUGCCAGUUCCAACAGCUCUGCGGGUGGCCGGCUGGUGUCCUUUGAAGUGCCACAGAACGCCUCAGUCAAAAUUCGGCAAGAUGCUACUGCCUCGCUGAUUUUGCUGUGGAAGGUCACGGCCACGGGGUUUCAGCAGUGCUCCCUCAUAGACGGCCGGAGCGUGACCCUCCUCCAGGCUCCCGGGGGCCUGGUCCUCUUGGAGGAGAUGCUUGCCUUGGGGCCCAACCACUUCAUCGGCUUUGUGAAUGAUUCUGUUUCUAAAUCCAUCGCGGCUUUGCGCUUGACCCUGGUGGUGAAGACCAGCACCUGUGUUCCACCCGAGAGCCGUGCACGUGACCUGGAGUGCUCAGGAAAAGGGGCCUGCACCACGAAGCCAGCAGAGGCGACUUUUUCCUGUGACUGCGAUGAGCAAUAUGUGGGGGCUUUCUGUGAAGAAUUUGAUGCCUGCCAGAGGACACCCUGCCAGAACAAUGCGAGCUGUGUUGAUGCAAAGGAAAAUCAAGAUGGGAGCAAUUUCACUUGCGUCUGCCUUGCUGGUUAUACUGGAGAGCUUUGCCAGUCCAAGAUUGAUUAUUGUAUCCUAGACCCAUGCAGAAAUGGAGCAACAUGCAUUUCUAAUCUCAGUGGAUUCACCUGCCAGUGUCCAGAAGGGUACUUCGGCUCGGCCUGCGAAGAGAAGGUGGACCCGUGUGCCUCAUCGCCUUGUCAGAACAACGGGACCUGCUACGCCGACGGGGUGCGCUUUGGCUGCAGCUGCAGCGCCGGCUUCACGGGCCCCGCCUGUGCCCAGCUGGUGGACUUCUGCGCGCUCAGCCCCUGCGCUCACGGCACCUGCCGCAGCGUGGGCACCAGCUACAAGUGCCUCUGUGAUCCAGGUUACCAUGGCCUCUACUGUGAGGAAGAGUACAAUGAGUGCCUCUCCGCCCCAUGCCUGAACGCGGCCACUUGCAGGGACCUCGUAAAUGGCUAUGAGUGCGUGUGCCUGGCCGAAUACAAAGGAAUUCAUUGUGAAUCCUACAAGGAUCCCUGUGCUAAUGUCAGCUGUCUGAACGGAGGCACCUGUGACAGUGAAGGCCUAAAUGGCACGUGUGUCUGCACACCAGGAUUUACAGGCGAAGAGUGUGACAUCGACAUAAAUGAAUGCGAUAGUAACCCCUGCCAUCAUGCCGGCACCUGCCUGGACCAGCCCAAUGGUUAUACUUGCCACUGUCCCCAUGGCUGGGUGGGAGCAAACUGUGAAAUCCACCUCCAGUGGAAGUCCGGGCACAUGGCAGAGAGUCUUACCAACAUGCCCCGGCACUCCCUCUACAUCAUUAUCGGGGCCCUGUGUGUUGCCUUCAUCCUGAUGCUGAUCAUCCUGAUUGUGGGGAUUUGCCGCAUCAGCCGCAUCGAGUACCAGGGCUCUUCCAGGCCGGCCUAUGAGGAGUUCUACAACUGCCGCAGCAUCGACAGCGAGUUCAGCAACGCCAUCGCCUCCAUACGGCACGCCAGGUUUGGAAAGAAAUCCCGGCCUGCGAUGUACGACGUGACCCCCAUCGCCUAUGAGGACUACAGCCCCGAUGACAAACCUUUGGUCACACUGAUUAAAACAAAAGAUUUGUAG